AUGCCGGCGAUGCAUCAAGCCCCUCCCUGGGCAACCGAGAUCAAAGCACUCACCUUUGAUGUCUUCGGCACCUGCGUAGCCUGGCGGGAAAAGGUUGCCUCCACCCUUGCUUCGGCCACCGAGACCAAGCUUUCUUCCGCUUCAGCCUCCAACGCCACGUCAUCGGACACGCCACCGUCUGACCAAGUCCUCUCCCGCGCCCGCUCCCUCACCCGAGAGGACUGGGCCCAUUUCGCCCAGGAAUGGCGCCGGGCCUACGGGGAUUGGACCCGCUCCUUCGUCCCCGACGAAACACCCUGGAGGGACACCGACACCUUCCACCACGAUAGUCUCGUCGACCUGCUGGCUAAGUGGCAGCUGGACGGCCUCUUCACCCCGUCCGAGGUCGAGAAGCUCAGCCUUACCUGGCACGACCUCCCGCCCUGGCCCGAUACUAUCCCGGGUCUGCACCUGCUCGGCUCACGGUACCACACGGUCGCCUUGACCAAUGCCAACCAGGCCACCCUUAAGGAUCUGAACAGCCAGAAGGGCGUCGACGGUAGCUCGCCGCUAGGGUUCCAGCGCUUGCUCUCGUGCGAUAUGUACCGGGCGUACAAACCGAACCCAAAGGUGUACCAGGGCGGGCUGCGGGACUUGGAUCUGCAGCCCAGAGAGGUAGCGAUGGUGGCGGCGCACUUGGGUGACUUGGGGGCUGCCAAGAAGGAGGGGAUGCGGGCCAUCUAUGUUGCGCGACCCGGCGAGCUGGAUUUUGACGCCGACGAGGAGAAGCUCAAGAAAGCCAGAGAGUGGGUGGAUAUCUGGAUAGAUGAAGGUGAAGGGGGCAUGGUGGAGGCGGCAAGAAGAUUGGGCAUCAACGUCGACAUCGACGAUGGCGAUGUGGCCAGAGUCCUAGGCUGAGUGGCCUGUUGUCCUGGUCCAGACCAUCGGCAAUCUGCGCUGACCGCGGUCAGCCUUCGAGAAGGACAUGGCGCUUCCGCUUUCCUUCCGUCGGGAUUCGGGACCCGGAUCGGGAUGCUACCUUGUCGGCGAAGAUUGGAGAAAUUCAGGGGCGGCUGGUCGGGUCAGAGUUUUCAUGGCAUCUCGGAUAGACUGUUCAGGAUGCAUGUGAUGUACCUUUCCCCUUGCCAUUUAAUCACCCAAGGGACCGGAACCUGGUAGGAGGGAGUGAGGCGGACAGGACUCGGAGCCAGGACAGAAAUGGGAAGAAGACAUGGAAGUUUCGGUUGACGCAUUGGUUCAGGAACCGGCUAUGCUGAAGAUGGUUGUUUCGCGAGGACCGUGUCCUUGUCCCUUCGAGAAAAAAUUUGAAAUUG